AAGGACGGCGUUCUCCAUGAGCUAUCCAAAGCUUCACUCGGUGACGUUGGACCAACAUCACCACAGAAAUGAAAUCUUUCGCUGCCUCAGUUUUGAUCGUCGUCUGCUUCUCCGGUUUAGCGGAGGCCCAGAUAACGACACGCAAGCCCUGCGGAUGUUCCUGUACUGCCGGAACGUCUCCGAUGUCGACAAUGCCUCCUCAACCAACCUCGCCCGGAUCGACUCUGGCUCCUACUCUUGGCACCAAUUACUGCAACAUUAGUACAUGCCCCGCGCCGACCCAAAACACGCUCUGUCUAUAUACGAAUACCACUUGGGGACCGGCUUGCCAACCGGCCUACCCGACCAGUUCGAUCGUGACCGAAGCCGACAUCGCGACCAUUUUGGGAGCGCACAACGAUUACCGACGUAAAGUUGCGCAGGGCCUAGAGACCCAAGGAAGUCCAGGGCCUCAACCUCCCGCCUCCAACAUGAGACAAAUGAAAUGGGAUCAUGAACUCGCUGUUAUGGCUGCAGCCCACGCACAGCAGUGUGUGUUUAGUCACGACGCUUGCAGAAAUGUUCCUCGUUUCAGGGUGGGUCAGAAUCUGUACAUUAGCGGGUCUUCCGCCGACACCCUUGGCACUUCAAACUGGAAUGCAGCCAUAACCUCUUGGUACAACGAAGUUAAAGACAUGAACACCACUUAUGUCCAAACCUUCCCAUCAAACCCACCAAAAGUAAUUGGACACUACACGCAAGCAGUAUGGGCGGAUACUUCCCUUGUUGGCUGUGCAGUUGCUUACUACCAAACUACCACAGGCGUUUUUGGACCAUCGUAUCCCUUUAAUAGAAUGUACGUGUGCAACUACGGACCAACUGGCAAUUGGCUCGGCUCUGCUGUUUAUAAGCAAGGAACAGCCGGUUCCGCCUGCCCCGCAGGCACUGUGAACAGCAACGGCUUGUGUGUUUGAACACAAGCAGUUUGUUACUUUGCCCUAAAAUUUGUACCACAGCCAGUAUCUUAAUGAUCUGUCGUGGACGUUAUUCCCCCUGAUUUUUUGGCGCCUAUAAAAUCCUAGUGCAGUAGUUUGAUAAUACAUUUAAUCAAUCAGCAA